GAAAAAAAAAAAAGAGUGUGACUUGUGAGUGAGUGUGCCUUCCUAUAUGCUCUUUCAACUACUAUUCCCUUCUUUCUUUCUUGCAUCAGAGCUAUUUCUUCUCCUUGGAUUUAGGGUUUUCACCCUCCUUUUUCCCUGUCUCCACCUAUCUUUCUUGCACUUUCUUCUCUUUAGGGCCCCAAAAGUGAUGCAGCAUCGAAUUCGCGUGGGUUAGAGCAGUUGGUAAGUUCAGUAUUGCCGGGCUUGUGGUUCUUGAAGUUCUUGAUUUCAUUCUGCUAGAUGUUAUGUUCGUGUACUUUUGACCCCGUUUUCCGCCUAUUUUGGCAAGAAAAUCACUAGAAAUGGACUUCAAUUGCCGAGAUAUCUCUUCUCAGUCUUGUCAGUCCUAUCUUCAGUCUAAAAAGGAAGAAUUAUCAAACGUAGAAGCUGGCGUGUCAAGUGACUUUUGCAUUAACCGUUUUCUGUUUUGAGCUGGGUGUAUUAAAAGCUUCCUUGUUGCUUGGGCUCUUGACUAUGGGCAGCCGUUAGGUCCUUGGUUGAGUAUUAGUUGCAACGGUUGAUUGAGAAUUGGAACCAACGUUCGAAGUGGAACCUAGAUGGAUGACGGUGGGCCUCGAGAAAAUGGAAGGUACAAACCGCCACUACAUGGUCAGUGGUUGAUGCAGCAUCAGCCAUCAAUGAAGCAGAUAAUGGCGAUCAUGGCUGAAAGAGAUGCUGCCAUUCAAGAAAGGAACUUGGCCCUUUCUGAGAAAAAGUCUGCCUUGAACGAGCGGGACAUGGCUAUCCUACAGCGAGAUUCAGCGAUUGCUGACCGAAAUAACGCCAUAAUGGAACGGGACAACGCCAUAGCCACUCUCCAGUAUCGUGAAACCUCGAUGAAUACUGGCAGUAUGUCUCCAUCGCCCCCAGGUUGCCAAAUUACCCGACACCACGUUCAUCAUCAAACUGCGUAUAGCUCGAGGGAUAUGCACUUAAGUGAUGCCAUACCCACGUCCCCAGCUGACCCAGAGCCCGCUAAGCCCCGGAGGAACAAACGAGCUAAAGAACCUAAGCCAGCAACGCCUAGAAAGACCUCAAAACCGUCAAAGAAAGCUAAGAAAGAAGCUGAUGAGCUUAACAGACAAAUUGGCGGGGCUAGUGAUGACCUUAACAGACAAUUAGGCAUGUCGAGGCCAGAUUGGAAGGAUCAGGACCUCGGGUUGAACCAAGUUUCUUUCGACGAUUCAACUAUGCCAGUCCCGGUUUGUUCGUGCACUGGAGUCCUACGACCCUGCUACAAAUGGGGAAAUGGCGGGUGGCAAUCCUCGUGCUGUACAACCAAUUUGUCAAUGUAUCCUCUACCCGCUAUUCCCAACAAACGACAUGCCCGAAUUGGUGGUAGAAAAAUGAGCGGAGGCGCAUUUAACAAGCUAAUUAGCAGGCUUGCUGCUGAGGGCCACGAUCUAUCAAAUCCAGUCGAUCUGAAGGAACACUGGGCAAAGCAUGGAACAAACCGAUAUAUCACCAUCAAAUAAAACUCCCGAGCUUCUUGAUCCCGCACAUUAUAUCUUAAGGUAUAUGUUUCCUUUGUUCGUUCGAGUAACCGGAGAUAACUGUAAAGCACCUCUGUACUUUGAAUACCUUAAUGCAUUUUACCUUAGAUUCCAGUUCAGUGUAAUAUUGGUUGUUUAGCCCUGUUGUUCAUGUUUUUCUUGACAUUUCCCUGUUACUAUCUGUAUUCCAGUUCAGUGUAAAGCACCCCCACCCCUACCCCCAAAUUGUAGUAGAUUCUUGAGGCUUAUUUUAUGAUAUAUAUAAUUUGGCCAAUAUCUAUAUGGACUAUGGUGUUCACA